AUUAUGGGUUACGACUGUCGGAGUUCGGUUACAUAUGGAUACAAAGCAUCAGUUAAACUUAGGGACAUAUAUUCAAGUUCAUGAUGUUAAAAUAAUAUUAGUUUGAAGUCUUUGCUAUAGUUUUCGUAACUCAUUUUUGUGACCUCCAAUUUGGUUUUAAUUGAAAUAGUGUAUAUAAGAUAUUUACUAACUGACUGAAUAACUAGCAGUUAAGUGUGGUUAAGAGCAGGAAAUAUAUUUUUAUGAGUUUUAAAACAAAGAUUUAGGUUAUUCGAAACAACACACAUUAAUAAUUAAUUAACUUACCAAUCGACUCAAACAUACAGAAGAAGCAUUAUUAGAUUUUGUGUGGAUUGAAAUAAAACUGAGAUAAAACAAUGGCUCAAAGGGGCUACUGGGAUAGUCAGUAUGAAUUUUUGUUUUCCGUUCUUGGAUGCAUGGUUGGACUUGGAAAUGUUUGGAGGUUUCCUUACUUAUGCUACAAAAAUGGAGGAGGAGCAUUCCUUAUUCCUUACUUCAUCUUCAUGUUCCUGUGUGCAAUGCCGAUAUUUUUCUUGGAGAUGGCGUACACACAGUUUUCUAAUCUCGGACCUGGGAAAGCUUGGAUUUGUGUUCCGAUUUUAAGAGGAAUUGGCUAUGGAAUGGUCAUCAUGACGGGAAUUGUUGCUGUGUACUACACCGUCAUCAUGGCGUGGACAUUGUACUACUUGGUCAUGUCAUUUAGUAAGGUUCUACCGUGGAGUCACUGUGACAACGAAUGGAAUAAUGACGCAUGCGCACUCCGCGUGAAUCAAAAUAUGACGUCAUUGAUGUCAUCAGGUUUUAACAAUUUCACGAACGAAAGUAACAUUGAUUCAACAGUCACAUUACACCAUGAUGGGAUAAAUUCAACUGAAUUGUCAACAAGGAUUGCUCGGACUCCUACUGAACAAUUUUGGGAGUACAAUGUUCUCCAACUAUCUGACGGAAUAGGGACAGCUGGGGCCGUACGAUGGCCGCUACUGUUGUGCCUGUUUUGCGCCUGGUUAAUUGUGUUCCUCACAUUGAUUAAAGGGAUCAAGUCAUCGGGAAAGGUGAUGUAUGUAGCAGCCACUGUCCCUUAUCUGCUGCUGUUGGUCCUACUGGUUCGAGGUGCAACACUUCCUGGCGCCCUAGACGGGGUUAUGUAUUAUGCAGUUCCCAAAUGGGAGUAUCUGUUAAAGUUCUCCGUAUGGCGAGAUGCGGCAGUGCAGAUGUUUUACUCAGCUGGCAUGGGCUGGGGAGGGAUAUCCACAUUGGCAAGUUACAACAGAUUUCACAACAACAUUGAAAGAGACGCAAUCCUUUUACCCAUAUUGGACGUUUUGACAAGCUUCUUCGCUGGAUUUGUGAUUUUCGUCAAUUUAGGCUACAUGUCGCAUGUUUCUGGAAUACCCAUUGAUCAAGUCGUCAAACAAGGCCCGGGGAUAGCGUUUAUGGUUUACCCAGAGGCUCUUUCUCAGCUACCUCUGCCGCAACUGUGGUCCGUACUGUUCUUCCUAAUGCUGUUUACUGUCGGACUUGACAGUCAGAUGGUGCACGUGCAAACUGUGACGUGUGCAAUCAUUGACACGUUUCCCAAACAGUUAAUCAAUAGAAAACUCAUCGUCACCGGUAGCGUUUGUUUUGUCAUGUUCCUGCUUGGCAUAUCAUGUGUUACACAGGGCGGUAUUUACGUUCUCCAAAUUCUUGACUGGUACUGUGCUAGCAUUGCAGUCAUGUUUCUUGCCUUCCUUGAGGUCGUUGGCCUAUCAUGGAUGUACGGUCUGCAGAAUUUCUACAACGACAUUGAGCUAAUGUUGGGCAGGUCUUUAUCGCCCUUCUGGGGAAUAUUUUGGCGAUUUAUAACACCAGCGAUCAUAUUGCUAAUAUGGAUCAUGAACCUUGUGCAACUUUCCCCAGUAACCUACGGCAGCUACACCUACCCAGGUUGGGCGGUCGGUAUAGGAUGGAUUGUGGCCUUCCUUGCAAUUGUUCCCGUCUUCAUAUGGAUCCCAUAUGAGUUGAAGGGCCACACUGGAAACAUUCUCACGCGCUUAGGGAAAUCGCUUCAACCUACUCCUGAAUGGGGUCCUGCAGAUGACGACCAGAAAGAAAAAUACAAAGGGGCAACGUAUGAGAAUGGGGGAAAAGAUGUACAUGCAAUGGAAAAAGAAAGUUUUAUUGGUUAACGUUUUCCAUUGACAUGCGGUGUCUAUCCACAGUUGGAGUCGGAGCACGAGCGGCUAGGAUAAACCAUACGGAAAUUGCAUAAUAAUGCGCCUUAAUUUUGGAGACUAAAAAGUGCAAUUAAGAAUAUGUUUUGAAAUUGAAUACAUUUCAAAAACAAUAUACAUUUUCAUAUAAAAGAUACUGUUCCAAUGCGCAUGUACAAAAAAAACCUUUUUAUUCUCAUUGUCUUCAAACCGAUGUGUAUAUGUUAUUUUUUUCUUUUAUUGAUAAAGGUCCGGAUAAGUUUGAAGCUGUGUCCAGUUACCGUACUUUAAAGCUGCACUUGCAUAGAUUGAACGUUUUGACAGCUAUUUUUUGCCUUAGAACGAGCAAUAUUUUGCUAAAAUGCAUUAAAACAAGUCAUAUAUGCUGGCGAAAAAGGAUCGCAGUAUUUCAUAAUUACGGUCGAAAAAUGUUGAUUUAUGGCUAAAAGCGAUACUGACGCUUUAAGAAAAAUGAGUUUAUCGGCAUAAAACAUCAAUUUUCGAAGGUAAAUAUGAAAAACUGGGAUUGCAAGCACCUUUAUAUCACUUGUAUUAAGAGCUUAAACAUCCCAGUGGACUCCAAUUUCGGUAACCGUUCAAAUAACGUUUGUUCAAUGGACGUGUGGUCUGUAUGUGUUGCUUGUAUGAUGUGUGUCUCUCGUACCUUGAUGAACCUAAGCAUUUUACCUUCGAACAGGGUCGUCCGAUAAAGGUUGUGGAACGUGCACUCGCGUUUCAUAUAAGCGACCCGGGUUCGAUUCCCGGCCUUGGCGCAUGUGAGUUUAGAUAGUGGUCAGCAAGUCGUACAAGUGGAUUUUCUUCGUUCUCCCCAACAACAGAAAACCACACUCUCACGCAAAAUCGUGCCAACGAGAGUGACUUAGUUACCAUAACUUUCUUCACAAUCGUUGCAAGAUGUAUAAUGAUUAAAUUAGAUCAGGGUAUUGGUUAACUGUUUGCAUGCUGGGCUUGUCCCUGUAGUUUGUUGUGGACUUAUGCUUUCAAAAUGAUGUAUUUGGAAAUAAAACAAAAACUGUAUUCUUAUCAUUAACACCUCUUAUUGCUUGUUUAAAAUCGAUUUGAUCAAUUGUAAUACGUUUAAGUGAAACUCUUAUUCAAGAUCAAUACAUACACAUAUAACGCAUGUAUAGCAAACAUAAAAUUUGAGUGAUUCAACUUUAAAUAUUUCCCAAAUAGUGUACUUAUAACUUAAUGAUAUUAAUAUUAUUAACUGAUAACUAGAUUGUAACCGUGUAUUUAAUAACUGAGAACGCGAAAUUUUAAAUGAUUGGUGAGUGCUAAAAGAUUUACUGUGGCCUACUAUAGUCUUAUUAUGUAGAAAUACCAUGGUUUCUGCACCUUUCCUUUAAAAUCAACUCGCUCUACUUGUUUUCGACAUUUAUUCACCCGUUUUCUGUAUUUCAAAUCAAUUGUAUUAGGUUGAGUAAAUCUUAUUUUGAAGUUAGAAUGCAUCUUUAAAGAGGGCUUAUAUAUUAUGAUUCGGGUUAUAUUAUAGGUGUAUUGUAGGUGUAUAAUUAUUAUUGUAGUACUGAAAUAAAUAGGAACGAUGAAUAUAAUAAUUAUUUCGUGCAACUGCUUAACAGACUAGCAGGUAUCAGAUUAUUAAUAUUACUUUGAUUUUAUCGUAACCUUGUAUCAUUGUAUUUUAUUUCAUGUGCUGUGUAUAACAUUACGUAACUGGAGUAGUUGCUAAUGCACUAAUAAUGCGGAUACGUGAACUGCGUCAACCAGGUGUGUUUAUUGGCUUAUCGUAUCCUUGUAUUAAGGUUUUAUGGCAUGUAUAGCAUAUCGUUACUAGAGAAGUUGCAAAAACACUAAUAAUACGGUUACUUGUACUGGCGAACAACAUUGUGUGUACUGCGUCAUCAAAGGUAUGUUUACAUUGUACACAUUUAAAAUGACAUGUAAAAUAACACGAGGAAAUUACUUUAUGCAAAUAAUGGCGAGCCGACAAGAACAAUUUUGAAUUCAAUUUCGCAUACAAAUUUUAAACCGAACUGCAAAAUAAACAUACGCUUGUAACUACGCGUAAAAAAAGAAAUACCUGUUGUAUUUCGCAAACGAUUCAAAAGUCUAUAAUAGACAAUAUAGCAUUAUACACAGCUUUUUGGAAAUCCAUUAAUUUCUCAACUGAGAAUUUUCGUUCAAUGUAUACCUAACGAAUACAUGACUGUAAAAUGUAAACUAAUUUUAAGAUAUCCUGUGUCCAAUCAUAUGAAAGUGUUUGAUGUGUAGAGGGGAAAAUUAUGAAGACAUUAAACUCAAAAAAAUAUUACAAUUCUUUAGGACCUAAACGAUUGUAAAUCAUGUCCAAUUACAGUCACAAUUACCAAAACAAAACAAUCUAGGCAUCAAAAUUUGAAACUGUAGCGCAUGUCUCGCUGCAGUGACAAGCUAAAUUGUACACCAGAAACCUUUAAUCCUUUUCUGUCUGGUUGUAGCUGAUCUAUUUUGUACAUGUUCGAACAAAGUUGCAUGCUAUACAAUGGUAACAUUAUAAUUCAGCGAAGAUUUUAACAAUAUGCUCGUUGCACAUUUGUUUGAACUAUAAGAUAAAAAAGUUUUAAUAAAUGAAUACAUAACAUUAACCUAUUGGUUGUGUAAUCGAAAUUAAUAAAGAUUAUGUUUAUAAAAAAAACUGAUAUUGAUAUGAAUUCUUCACAAUUCUAAACAAACAGUUAACUUGAAAUCUAACUUUCAAAACGAUAUAUCCAUUUGUUGUCACAUUCGGAACACCUCUGCCAUUUUCCAUCGAAAAACAACCUCGGAUGAAUGCUGGUACUUCGGAACUAGUAGUUCUAAAUAAUACAAUAAAUUACUUGAGUAUUUUAACGUAUAUUGUGUAUCAUUAAGUCUGAAUUGAUUGACAUAGUGGAGUUAAUUGCACAAAUAAUUAUGAUUCCCUAAAGAAAGAUCAUUAAGUUAAACUGUUAAAUUCAAACUACUAAGCGAUCUACUAGCCGCGUAUUUAAUAUAAAGGUUUCUGACAUUGUAAACCGUCCAUAUUCAUCCGAGGAUUGUAUUCAAUGGGAAAUGGCCCAUGUGUUCGGAAUGAUUUUAUUCGAAUAAAAAGCACUUUUCAUUUCUUUUUAGCAUUAUGGGCGAUGAUGCGCAGUUGUACUUUUCUUUUCCAUUUUAUUAAGAAUAGAUAUUGUAAUGGAACCUUUUUAAAAUGAUUGUAACCUUUUUUGUUGUGCUUACUGAAAAUAUGGAGCUUUAUUGUAAUCUGUAUAUUGUUUCAUGCUGUACUUGUGAUCAAUCUUAAAGCAUUUUAAGAAAUCAGAUUAACUUAUGAUAUUGUAUCAACAAAUAACAAAUGAUAACUGUCUAAA